GUAGAAAUCCUUACUGCAUUGACAAAAAUUAUGGUGGCACACUCAUUAUCUGGGACAGGAUAUUUGGAACAUUUGAGGCAGAAGAUGCAAAAGUUGUAUAUGGCUUAACACAUCCAGUAAAUUCAUUUGAUCCCAUCAUGCUCCAGUUACGUCCCUUGGCUCAUAUUUGGAACACAUUUUGGGCCACACCUGGAUUCUGCAACAAGCUUUCUGUCCUAUUCAAAGGGCCAGGCUGGGGACCAGGCAAACCUAGACUUGGCCUUCCUGAGGAAAUCCCAGUGAUCACUGGAAAAGAAGUUCCCUUCAAUCCAAGUGUACCAGCUUAUCUUAAUUGCUACGCAGUUGUACAUUUUGCUGUAAUAAUGGACCUGUAUACUGAACUUCUUGGUAACGUGACUAUGUUAUCACAGGGAACGAUUCUUCUGAGAAUUGGCUUUAUCAUUCUGUCCCUGACCAAUUUCGGACUACUUCUGGAGAACAGGCCCAAAGCGGGAAUUUUGGAAAUCAGCCGCUGCUUGGUCUUUGUAGGUGUGUACAAACUUGGCUACUUAAGGAGUCAGAUUUCUUCCUUGGGUUAUGCAUAUGAG